GUGAAACCCUGUCAAACUGGAAUAGGGAGCCUUUGAGAAACUUUCAUCAUGAACAGUGAUGCGAAAGCGGAAUCACUCGCCCACUCAGGAUAAUGACAGCUCUGCUACCAAAACAUUGCUGGACAGCAAAGUAAAACACUCUCACAAGAAAGGAGAGGACAACACAGAAUCGGAGAUUCAGUACGGUUCUGCAGACCCGGACAAAACCAUGGGCAGAACAUUAAGAAGGAGAGGCCUGCUGUGGAGGCUGCGGCGGUUCUUCAUGUGGGUGCUGGGCGUGUACCUGGCCAUCCCCGUCAUCGUCAAGAUCUGCCCCUCCAUCCAGGCCAAGCUAGUCUUUUUAAAUUUCGUCUCUCACUCUCCCUCUCUCUCUCUGUCUCCAGUGCGUAUGCCGUACUUCAUCGAUCUGAAGCGGCCGCUGGAUCAGGGCUUGAACCACACCAUCAACUUCUACCUGCAGCCAGAGGAGGGCAUCCACGUGGGCGUCUGGCACACAGUACCAACCCAGAUGUGGAAGGAGGCCCAGGGGAAGGACGGCCAGUGGUUCGAGAGCGCACUGCAGUCCUUCCACCCCGUCAUGCUAUAUCUCCACGGCAACGCAGGCUCCAGAGGAGGGGACCACAGAGUGCAGCUCUACAAGGUCCUUAGUUCAUUAGGCUACCAUGUAGUCACAUUCGAUUAUAGGGGUUGGGGUGACUCGGAGGGCAGUCCCUCUGAGAGGGGGAUGACCACUGAUGCCCUCUUCAUAUACCAGUGGGUCAAGCAGAGGAUCGGCCGCAAACCCCUCUACAUCUGGGGGCACUCGCUGGGCACUGGCGUGGCCACAAACCUCGUCAGACAGCUAUGCGAGCAAGGAGCUCCGCCAGAUUCCUUGAUACUGGAGUCUCCCUUCACCAAUAUACGGGAAGAGGCCAAGAGCCAUCCUUUCUCCAUGGUCUACAGAUACCUGCCAGGGUUCGAUUGGUUCUUCCUGGAUGCCAUAUCAGCCAAUGACAUCAAAUUCGCCAGCGACGAGAAUGUGAACCACAUAUCGUGUCCUGUCCUAAUUUUACAUGCAGAGGAUGACACGGUGGUGCCUUUCCACCUGGGAAAGAAGCUUUACAACAUGGCCGCCCAGUCCAAGAGCCUGAGUGGUCACAAGGUCCAGUUCAUCCCCUUCCCCGUCAGCCUGGGCUACAGACACAAGUUCAUCUACAGGAGCCCCGAACUGCCUCAUAUACUAAGUGACUUCUUGGGUACAACACAUCCCCAGAUGUAGCUGAGACCUGCUACACUUGGACACGGACACGCACACACACACGCACACACACACGCACACACACACACACACACACACACACACACACACACACACACACGCACACACACACACUGGUAAAUUUAUGUACAGAAAACUUCUCAAAAACACACAUCGCAUACAGAUGUUUAAUACUGUACACACA